UAUUCUCAUGAGAAGCCUUGUUAAAUAAAUUUCUUGACUGUUGGCUAUGCUUUUCGUUGCCUGUACAUAUUCUUCCUCCUUUUUUUUAUCUUCUUAACUAAUAAAAAUCAAAACUUUUCUUUUCCGCAUGGAUAAUGUCUCCUUUUACAGACGUUUAGAAUCUUCACAAACACCCAAUUGCAGUUCAAAUAUGUGCGUGAAAUCGAAGCAACAGGAGAGCAAGCAAGGUAUAGCUAGCAGAACAAAGUACUUGUUUGUUUUAAAAUCUCAGGAAUGAAAAUUAAUGCAAAGACAGACAGAGCCAAGGUGGUAGCUUCUUCACUGCCUCCUCGUGACCAUUUAUUACAGCAGAUGUGUUUUUCCAGUCUUUUUUCACCUUUAUUGUAAAUAAUGUGACUCGCAGCUAACAUCUUCCUUUAUCAAUCAAGCACAAUCCAUUCAUUGAGGACCACCAGAUAAAGAAACAAACAAACAAACAAGAUUGUGUUGACGUGCGAAAAAACAAAGUAGUGUGUAACAUCAGAAAGAAGCUGCAGCUUUCUGAUACAGGAUGGAUUAUUAGGGUAAGGGUGUACAGAGAGGACUGCAGAACUAACUUGUAGAUGUUCUUUCUUAAUGGAGGGCGGGUCUCCUAUUAGGGAAACUCUGCUUGAAAAUUCCCCUGUUCUCUUUGCCAGUCUGACAGAGAUUCACCCUCAAGGUGUGGGUGUUUUGUGGAUACCAUUGCCCACUUCCAGCUACAAGCAAGCAUAUUCUUUCCUUCCAUUCUUCUCAGGUAUUGUCCAGUCUCACAAUUUUGAUGGUCUGAACUAGCUCCCAUUUGGGUUUUGUAUUUGAGAUUGGGUUCUUUGAGCAAGUAUUUGGGGUGUAAACUAGCCCUGUAGGUUGAAGGUGGAAUUGAAUUCACUGAGGUUUAUUACUUAUGUGAAGUUGAACUAGCCUUCAUUUAGUGCUUAUUGAGGUUGUAUGGUGGGAAGUAGCCCCCAUUUGGGGUUUAUAUUUGAGAUUGGGUUCUCUGAGCAAGUAUUUGGGGUGUAAAACUAGCAAGUAUUUGUGUAUAUAAUUGGAUUCAUUUAGAUUUGUAUUUCUAGGUGGUGUGAAUUAGCCUUCAUUUGACCUAGUUCUGAUAUGUGGUAUUACAUUUUAUUGGGAUUAUAUAAAUUAGCUUCCAUUUUGGGUUGAAUAUAUUGAGGUAGUCUGUAGUAGUGUUGCUGUUUGUACUUGGGAGUUUCUGGGAAGGAAGAAGGCAAGUAUGUUGCUGGGGCGAGUUCUUGGCGAGCUUUCACAGGCAGCAAAAAUUAAUUGUUUAAAUGUGGAUUCAGAAACAGAUGAGACUGUGUCAUCUGAUUCAGAGGUAACUGGACACAAUUCCUAUGCCAUGUCAUCACCAGAGCUUGAUCUUCAUCUGGAAUCAGAGAGAGAUUUUUUCAACAGAUUGCUUACAAGAAGGAAGGAAUUGACAGGUCAACCUAACUCUGAUACCGACCCAGUGGGUUGCCCAUGUUCAGUUUCAGUUCCCUUUAAAUGGGAAGAAAAACCAGGAAAGCCUAAACAUCAAGACCCUCAAAUGAGCACUGUGGCUCUUAGAUUGCCACCUGUUCAAAAAUCCAACAGUGUUAGCAGAGAUACCAACUUGGUAUCCAACUACCCCAGGACUCUCUCUGAGAGACUCAGAAGCAUCCUGCAGCCCAAACUUCACACAAUCAAGCUAUAUGAAACUUCAGAAGCCAAAGGUGAAGUAGAUCCUGGGAAAAUUGCUUUAGAUGUCCUGCACUAUCCAGAAGAAUUCCAAUGGCGGUCACUCAGGAAUUCAUCACCAAUAAGUAUUUUUGAGGGCCCUGAUAGCAGUCCUUCUUCGUGCUCUAGUCUUAGUCUUCUCUCUUACUGCAGCAGCAACAACAGGCCUUUAACAUCAUCUUCAGCAAGGCAUAUGCAAAAUUAUGUUCCUGCUCUUCUAGCUAAUCGUUUAAUUCCUGUUACUGAGAUGCUCAAUGCAGUACCUGUGGAUAAUUCAGAUUCUCAGUUUUUUAAGUUUCUGCCUGUGAAAGGAGGUGAUGUAGGUUUACCUGAACUUUGCAGAGUAAAAUCUGUGAAGGGUGACUUCAGUUCCAAUGCAAAAAAAAUAAAUUCACAGAGGUCUGUUUCCUGGGGAGGGGCAGAGUUUAUCAGUAGAGGGCAGCCAAAAAGUGUGCCUAGUCCUGUCAUGAAACUGAAACAUUGCAAUACAAAUGUGGAAGUUGAUAAUUGUUCUGUUUCUGCUGCUCCCGUGGUUUUGAAAUGUGUUUCCAAUAGGAGUGCAUCUGAUCCUCAUUCCUCGAACAAUUCCUCCAUUGAGUCUGCUAAAUCGGCAUCUUCUAGAGGACACUGUCAUAGCUCACAAGGCAUUCCUAAAAGAAGCAAGCACUUGGACAAAGUGAAUAAGGACUUCAAUGAUUCACAUGAGGAAGACAGUAGACAAAGCCAGUUAAUUGACAGCUAUGAAAAGAAGUUCAAGGAUGUUAAGCUUCAACAAAAGAGAUGGCAUUUCUCUAUGCCCCAAAGGAUGAACAAGGUUAGCUGUUGUUCUGCUAAUGCAAGCACUACUAUCAAUUGUUGCUCGUCAAGAAGAGCAACUCACACAAUCAAUUGCAAAGGACGCAGAAAGAAUAAGGUCUCCCUUCCAAAACACCAAAAACUUCAGAUGGAGUUGAGAAAAUUGCAGGAGAAAGAUGAAAUACAGAAAUAAGCUCAAACCCAUUUAGGCCAUUUGGUGUGAACUGUGACCCCAGUAUUUGAACAAGUACACAAUCAUGAUAAUGGGAGCAAUGGGAGUAGCAGAAUUAUGUUUGAUUCCAUUGAACAGGGAGUUGCAACCAUGCCAGCUUCCAGUUAUUGAUUCUGAAGUAAUAAGUUUUUGCCUUGAGUUUUGCAUUUUGUGCAAAACUAGUAGCAGCUGGUGAAUACUAGAUCACAAAACCUAAAAGGGGAACUCUGUACAUAAGAAAACUGAUUUGCCAUUGCUAUGGUGUACCAUGCAAGCCUCCUCAAUUUUUGAAGCAAUACUCAGAUUCAGAGUAAUAGCAAAUGGAUUCAAUGCAGAUUUAGAGCAUUGUCAAUAAGACCAGCUUUUUGUCAUAAAGUAUUCUGUGUAGGCAAUUUAACAACUGCCUAGGCAAUUUAACAACUGCCAAAGUGCUCAGCAGUCAAUGAAAAACAUCCCUUGUUUUCCAUUGUCUUCUCUUCUUCCUCUCCAAAGGACCAAUGUAAACUGAGAAUUGAAAAGGCUAUUCCUCAAAAAUACCAACACAAUAUCAAUUUUCAAUUAGUUUUUUUCA